AUGAACGUUCCGCAGUCCAACGGCACCCAAACAAAUCCCUCGGAAACGAGCUAUAAUGAACAAUAUAAGGGUUUGCAGACUGGAUCCUAUACGGAUCAGAAGCUGCGACAUGCCUCCGCCCACCAUUUACAUAUGACAAGCCGCCGUUUCUUUAUCGGCCCGAUUCCAGAAGGUUGGCUACAGGGUCACCGAAAAUCAUGGUAUCGAUCACGGCUUCGAUUAAAAAACUAUACAUCGCAAACGCUUUCUUUUAAAGUGGACCCUGUGACCUUUCAUUACACCCAUCAAGAUGAUUUUAAUCCUGGAUCGUCGUCACGGCCGAUAGAGGAGGAGGACCUUGCCCUUACAUUCACCAAUACAAAUGAAGGUCUUUCUGGACAAGGUGACGGCGCAGAAGAUGAAGAUACAUUUGCCGAAGAAGAGACAGAAGAAGAACCAGAAGGAGAACUUCGCACGCUGUCGCACCCACCAGCGGAGGGAGAGUUGACAACAGAGACAGAAACGGAGACAGGAACAGGGUCAGAGACAGGGUCAGAGACAGAAACAGAAAGGGAAACAAAUGGUCAUGACUGGGAGGACGAAGAAGACGAUGAAAGUACACCAAAGGCGAGCGCCCCGACAAGCGCAAAGACAAAUAAUGUAUACGAUGAUGAAAAUGCAUCCUCCUCCUUUGUGACUGCAAGGGAAGAAGUCAGUAGCAGUACGGACACCAAUUCCUCUACAUCUACGAUACAUGCCUGUCAGAACCUGAGCGUUCCGGAGCAAAGACCUGUCUCCAGCGGAUCUCAAAAUCUGACUGUCGCGGGCUCGAGCACCGGCAAUGCAAGUCCAUUAUUAUCUACAGCAUCAGCGGUGCCAAGUGAAGCCGAUUCUACCACCCGCUUAUUGAAAAACAAGAACAAGAACAAGCGGAAAGACCAGAAAAAGCUAAAAGGCAAGGCUUCAACUGUAUCAAAAUUCACGCUGCAACAUCAAGAACCCGAAGAUGAAGACGAAGAUGACGAGGAUACUCCACAAGAAAUACCCGUCGGCAAAAGACAUGUAAAACAACGAGUCACACGAAAGAUGGCGAAGUACAACUUGGACGAUAAUAUAAUGGAUAAACAACAGAGACUGCGAUCCCGAAUAGCGAAGACAGGAAACACCAUCGCUGCAAACCGGCCACGGAGGCGCAGAUUACAAGAUGGAGAGAUCAUCAAGGCAGAACGAAUGCUAGUUCUUGUGGAAGAGUCGGCCAAGGAAAAGCUUCCCGAUGACUACUCUGAAAAUGAUAGUAUUCGAAUGGAAAAUCGGACCGUGGACAAAUGGCGCGAGUUCUUGGUCGUUUGCCGCAAAAGUUCGAUGGAGCAUGUGCCAUUCGUUCUUCAAAUGUACCGGACUCGUGUCAUUCCAGACGUGGAGAACCCGAAUGUCAAGACCAAACCUUACUACGAGGUGCGCAUGAACCAUAAAAACACUCACGUCAACCUUUACUCUUCCCUUGACAAAACCAUCGUUGUUUGGUACCCUCGCAAACGUGGCACCAAAAUUUACAUUAUCCGUCCUAAAUCCUCGGCUCAUGCUGUUGAGUGGUACACCUUCCUUGCUCAGGUACUAGGCUGGCGACGACCUACUAAAUUGCCGAUUAAUGUUCCCGAUCUCGGUGUCUCUUUGAUAUUCAAGAAUCCAUUCCAGCAGCUGGAAGCGCAACUGGGGAUCACUCGAGAUGACAACCAACACACCACUGUGCUAAGUCGAUCUGGGAAAUUAGAAAAGUAUGCCGCCGCCGCCAUAAUUCGGGGCUGCAUGGAGAUGCUUGAAGGUCGUCCCGAGUGGGCUGAAGUGCUCAAGGCUUGGUCUAAGACCGAGAAGAUGGGCCUUGCCUGGAAACGAUACGAUCGCCUUGAAUGGAUAUAUGGCUCCAACGAAGAAAACAUGUUUGGAACAAUUGCGAUGCAGUCAUCUCAUGAGCUUGAGCUCCGGCCGCGGGCCCACUAUUCCACCGCAGUAAAGCACACGAACAAGAAAAUGGUAGAUAAAAAGGAAGACGAACCAUCACCGAUAGAGGGAUUUUUGAUUCGCCUCACGUCGCAGAAAGGUGUUCAUCAGCGAAUGAACAAGAUGUUCUUCAAGCGCCUUUACUUUGUCACUCAGGACCAUCACUUGCUAUUCUGCAGACCUGCUAAGGCACUUCCUCCAGCGCCGCCAAAACUUGCCACGGCAGAAGAUUGCAGCAUUCCAUCUUCUCGUGAUAUUUUGGAUCAAGCUCCCAUUUCUUGGGACAUUGAUCCUUAUCCAAUUCAAAAUGGUGACGUCGAAUGGUUAUCCAGUGGAAACCCCGAGUAUGUUCAACGCCACGACGAGGAAGCCUAUGCCCAAUGGCAAAGAAGUCUGCAUAACAUCACCCAUGCAGACGGGUACAUAGAUCUGUGCAAAGUGCGUGAGGUCCGAAAUAUGCGAUGGGGUACUACCCCUGCUGACUCCAAUGUCACUGAUGGUCCUGCUGUUGAGUUUGAUCCUGCUACAAGCGACUCCCGACGGGAGGAUGGUUCGACCCGGGAGUUUAGCGAUGAGCGUACAUUUGAAAUGGAGCUUGAGAACGGUUUAGUGAUCCGCUUGCAAGCAUACGAUGCAGUCACUCGCGCCGAAUGGGUCAAAAGACUAGACUUGCUGGUCAAAUACUGGAAAGCACGUAGCGCCGACGAUGCCGUCGAGCUACAGGCUGUCCGGAGACGUAAUCUCGAACUCCUCGAGAUUGAUGAGGAGAUGGAAUCCAUAAUAGGCCAAUUCGCCAAGAAGUGGGAGGUGAAGAAGGCUGAAGCGUCGCCACACCUGCACAACAUGUGCGCCUUGUCGGGUUGCCGAACAAUCAAGAUGUCCGGUCUACUCUACCGAAAACCCCGUCGCCACACCACAUUUGCCCGCUGUCACGUUCUUCUCACCGACGGAAAACUUCUCAUCUUCCGAAGCACACUACGUAAAGGAAACGGCGUUCAAAUCCCACAUAUUCACCAAGAUCAUGAAACAACAAUCGACCUGCGGGACUGUUACAUUUAUUCAGGUCUAAUUACCGAGAACGACCUACUCUAUGCCAACCAAACAUUCGAUAGUAAUAAUCCAGGCCAUCAUGCCUUACCUCGAGUCUAUCUCUCAGCAGAUUCCUUCACCAGUCGUGACGAAGACACUGCCAUCACCUUUGUGAUUUGGCAGCCUACUCAGAAGACCUAUUUCCGUGCCCAGGAACACACGCUUCAAGGCACUGUCAAGCGUUCCUUGCGGCAUGUUUCGACACUCGGCAAACAUGGCCGAACAAUUGUGUUUAAGGCACGCAGUCGAGUUGAGAAAGAUAGAUGGGUGAUGAGUAUCUCUUCUGAGAUUGAUCGGCUCCAAGAGGAGAAAAAUGAGGAUAUCCGGAUUGUUUCCCAGUAA